AUGACCCUGUCCUCACACCCUGGGUCGGCAGAGAAGGCCAUUCGGAAACUUGAUAUUGCCCAGGUUUCACUGAGUCUCCAGGACCGAUUGGGUCUGGCCAAGCUCAAGUACCAGCAUGGCCGACUUCAUGGGUUGAUGCCGACGCAGGACAACAGUGACAAGCCCUCCGACUCCUCGUCCGACUUCUCUCGUAGCCGGUGCGAGACUCCCAUGACAUCCCCUCCCCUUCGAGCCGCAACGUAUUCCAAAGAGCUGCCUCGAUCAGCCCGCAACAAGCAUGCCGUCACGUUCAAUUCCCGUGUAAUGCAGCCUAUGCUCUCGGCCAGCCGCAAGCGUGUCCGGUCUGAUUCUGAUACCGAGCGUCCGGCCAAGGCAGCUCGUGUGUCGUGGAAGAGCUCCCACCAACUGCCUGCGUCUUCUCCAGGCCUCAAUCGCCAUAUGAUAACUCGCCGACAACCAGCCCCCUUCAUGUCCGAGGCCACGAUCCCCGAGCUAUCCUCUCCUGUAUAUCAAGCUCCCUCUGACGAGGACAACGAUCCCGAUCUGCCUAUACAUAGCUUCCAGCAUGUGGGCUCCAUGGUGGGCUCCUCGCCGCCUCGUACUCCCCCUCCCAAGCAUGCCCGUCUGGCCCGGAGUGACCGUCCCUCGCAACACGAGGAUGGUGCAGACCUGCUUCUAUAUCUGGCCAAUUCGCCUACUCCAGCUCGUGUGGCAGGCGGCUCGCACCAUGUGUUCCCGCCGUCCACUCCCCCAAGCCAACACGCAGUCCUGCCGACGCUUACUUCGAACCUGGGCACACCGGGUCAGCAGUUCAACUUUGCGGAUUUCGUGAACGUGACCCCCAGUCCAGCUCAGCCUGCUUGGGGCGGCCGUACUCCUGGCAACCCAGGUCGCACGCCGCUUUCUACCAAGGAUGCCCGCAAGCGAUUGAACUUUGAUGCACUCGUUCCACCCAGUACCUCGAGCCCCCGCCUCCGAGGGAAGGAGACCGGACUAGCUCUUCAGCUUGGCGGCGAGCUGCGUCCUUAG